CUCUCACACUCAAGCAUCUGGUAUAACCAUGUGGACUCGGGCCAGUGCACUGCUGCUCCUCGCCUCCUGUCUCUGGGCAGUGGAGGGACAGAAUGAAAAUGGCAACACAAGGGCAGGCAAUGGUGGUGCUGCUACUGCUGCUGCAGAGAACAGGAAGAGUGUCUGGGAGGACCCCAUCCAGUUCAACAACAAGGCAAAGGACUUCUGCACCAUGAGCGUCACCGGCCAGGGAAAUGUCACCAGGCUGAGGAUAUCGUGCCAGGGUGCCGAGAGAACCUACUGGUGCGAGUACACGGGUAAGCCCCAGAUGUGCCGUCCCUACAACAACAACCCUCGCCACUAUUUCACCCAGAUCAUGUGGGACCUGAGGAAACUCCAGAACGCCUGCCAGGCACCCAAAGCUAUCAAGCCUCAAAUGUGCAAGAGGGCACCGGAAGACGCCCAGAUGGUGUUCUCUGCUUCCUCCACGCCAGAAGCCGCACCAGCAGCAAUCCCUGAAAUGCCAGAGAAAGCCCAAGAGCCAAACCAGGCAAAACCAGAGACCCCCAAGGUACCAUUCACCAAGCAGGCUAAGCCAGCCGCAACCAAGCCUGAAGCUAAAUCAGCAAGACCAGAGCAGGCAAGGCCGGAGCAAACUAAACCAGAGAAAGCCAGACCAGAGCCAGCAAAACCAGAAGCGAGACCAGCACCUACAAAACCUGAAAAAGCCAGAACAGAAGCAAGACCAGCACCUACAAAGCCACUGCAAUCCAGACCUGAGCAGGCAAAACCAGCAGCCGCAAAACCAGCAGCAGCUAAACCAGCAGCUUCAAAACCAGCAGGCGCAAAACCAGUCAAGCUAGCAGUGAACAAGACAGCUGGACUAAAAAAGCUUCUGACCCCCAAACCAACCGCUCUGAAACCAACCAAGCCCACUGUCAAGAGCAAUGCCAAACAGCUGGCACAAGAGUAUUGUUGGCGGUCACUCCAAGGCAUCUGUUCCUAUGUCAUUGAUUGGUUUCAGAACUAAUAAUGAAGAUUUAGAUUUCUUUUGAAGAUUACUUCAAAAGUCUGACUAAAGAGGUGCUCAGAGUGGUUUUCCAGAAAAUGACUUUGAUAAAUGGUAGAAGAGAGUUCUAACACCCUCUUCGUGGAAAUGAUCAAGCUGACACUGCUGUCAAUCAAACAACUUUACAGCCUGCCAUUUCACCAUGAUUUGUGCACUGUAAAACAAAAAUCUACUUGUUUCAACAAAUUAUUAUUAAGUAACUAGUUACAUAGUCUUUUUUAGUUUACUGAACUUUUCAGUCCAAGUGUUACCUCAAGAAACAAAAAAAUAGUUGGCCCAAACUUAGCUCCAACUCUAGAAAACUUGUCUCAUAUGUUCAUUCAAGUAUAAAUUAUUUGUGAAUCUUAACUAAUAAAGGUGUGCAACUGGUUACACACAGUGGUUUUAACAUACAAUGUUUUCAACUUACAUAUCUGAUGCACGUUGGCAUACAUCAUUACAUUGUUCAUUUAUACAGUCAUUAUUAUUCAACAUGUCCUCUCCUGGGCUUUGCACUGACAACCUCUUGGUAUUCCUAUCUUCCUGCUCUGCCACCGUGUCAGUUAUCAGUUCAUCUGACUUUUCUCUCAUCAUUGAUUUAACUUAGUUAUUUCAGCAAUUUUAUUUUAUAAUGUUUCUGUAUAGUUGUCUAAUGUUGGUGGGGCAUGUUACUCUGUUUUAAAGUUUUUAUUUAUUUAACUCAGCAAGUCAGUUAAGAACAAAUUCUUAUUUACAAUGGAAACAGACACCACUGCGCCACUCUGGAGCAAGUUACUCCUUAAUCACUCUGAUAAAUAAAAUAUUUUUUCUCAAAUGUACUUUUAACAGAUCUGAUACUUACUUACUGAAGUGCAAAGUGUUCCAAUACAGGUGAAAUCAAUCAUUGACAGGCAUGGUGACAUAGCAGCACGAUUGGCAUGCUGUGAACCAAGAGGUUGUGAGUUCAAAUCCCACAUGUUGAAUAUGAAUUACUGUAUAAAUGAACAUGCACAAUGUCAUCAUGUGUGUCAAAUAUCUAAGUCGUUGCAAAUAGUUCCACAGCCUUUUUUAGUUAAGAUACCCAAAUAAUAAGUUCUAGUUGAAUUAACAUAUGAGACAAUUUGAGCAACACAAUCUUAAAUUUAUAAAUUUUUGGAGCUAAGUUUGUGCCAACUAAAAAUGUUCAUUUCAGGUAACACUUUGACCAAAACAUUGUGUAAACAAAAAAAGCUGUGAAACCAGUUACUUAAUAUUAAGUUUCAUCGAGACCAAUACCAAAAACAUAAUUCCAAGGGUCACGAUGACAACUAAAAGCAUCCAUAUCUGAAUGUGUGGAUCGGGUAUGGACAGAUAGUUAAAUCCAUCGUCUUUCACAUGGUACUCCAUUUUGGUGACAGUUUUUACUGUUGGUGACAGUUUUUUUUACAGUUUGGUUUUUGUGUCAGACAAACCUAUGAUACCCUAUAAUGGACUCUCCUAAGGCAGAUACGCCAUUGGUUUUGCCUUUUUUGUAUGUUUGUUUAUGUGUAUGUUUGUAUCACCAUAAACCAUGUAUUGAAAUGCAUAAGGUUGUGUCAUUUACAUAGUAGAGUGGCAUAUUCAGCUCUGCCACUGGUUCAUUGGACUGAAAGGUCACAAUCAAUGAAUGAAUGUCGACAUGUGCAUGUAAUGAA